UGGAAUGAAAAUUUGCAAUCGAGUGCCGUGAAAAAGGGUCUCGGGUCACUAGGGAUUUGUUGAUCUUAUCUGCAAUAUUAUAAGAUAAUAGUGAACAAACCACAGAGCCAUGGUUCUUACACGAGUUGUACGUGCAGUUAGUCGUUCCGCCUUAAUCGAUGCAGGUGCCGCGAGUGCAGGUCAACAGCAGCAGCUGGCCAGAGUGCCGAUGCGAUGCAAGUACACCUACCGUAGCGGUGCACUGAAACCUAUGCCCGUCAUCACGCCCUUUGGGUUGAUUGGUAUUAUUUGUACGGUCAUACCUGGCCUGCUCAUUGGAGCUACCAUCAGCAAAAACAUGGCCAACUUUCUAGAAGAGAAUGAUUUGUUUGUGCCCUCGGAUGAUGAUGACGAUGAUGAUUAAAGCAGGAAUAGUAAUCGCUAACCCUGCAGCGGCGGCCUGGAUCGAUAUUUAUAGAAUUAAACAAUUUCUCUUGACGCCCAACAUGGACGCAGUAUGGUCCCAGAGAGAGAUAGAGCGGAUUCCUUACAGGCUUCUCGAAAGCAAAUUGAGCCGGCAACAGGAACAGUCAGUUGUUGUGGAUUGUUAGUCGCAACUAAUUUGGAUAUGAAUCUGCUCAUAGUUGUUAACUUUUCCUCUCGCUCGUUAUCCACAAACUCUAAGGAAAUUUCUUAAAAAACGUUAUCGCAAAUAUUAUUAUUUUCCCUUACAGUUAACUAAUCGCUCCACAGUGAUAUUUCCCGAAAAGAAAUGAAACCCAGAUAACUGUUCAAGAAUCGAAAUAUGCAUGUUAUUGUGCUUCAUAGUAAUUUACACGGUUCUACACGUUCGUUAGCCAAUUGCAUUUCACGUCCCGUAUGUCUUGUAGGCUUUGAUU